UCACAGGAAACGGAAGCAGCGGCGUCUCCGCGUCAGCAGUCACACGCACUUCCGGUUCCGCUCUGGCAGCGGCGCUGAGUGGAGAUGCUCGUGCUGGGAGAGAGGUAACGUUAGCGGUGACGGCGCGCACCUGACCGACACUCACCGUGCGACACUCGGCACAGCGCGCGCGCGAGUCCCGACACCCGAGAGAGAGAGUGUGUGUGUGUGUGUGUGUGUGUGUGUGUGUGUGAGAGAGAGUGUGUGUGUGUGUGAGAGAGAGCGCGCGCGCGCUCUCGAGCCGCUCGCUGGUCGUCAUGGCGAAGAACACGCUGUGGUCGCGGUUCCGGGGCGUGGACAUCGACCAGUACGAUGAGAACCGGUUCGUGGACGAGAACGAGGAGGCCGCGGAGCAGCAGGGACCGGACGGAGCCGAGGUGGACGCGCUCAUCAGGCAAGGAGACAUGAUGACGGCGUUCCACGUGGCUCUGAAGAACCCGCCCAUCAACUCCAAAAACCCAGCCGUGAAGGAACGUGCCCAGGCCGUGGUGCUGCGUGUUCUCACCUCCUUCAAGAGCAGCGACAUCGAGCCAGCCGUGAAGUCUCUGGAUAAGAACGGCGUGGAUCUGCUGAUGAAGUACAUCUACAGAGGGUUCGAGAAGCCGUCAGAUAACAGCAGCGCCAUCCUGCUGCAGUGGCAUGAAAAGGCGUUUGCUGUGGGAGGUUUGGGUUCCAUCGUACGAGUCCUGACGGCGCGGAAAUCCGUGUGAAAAAAUAAAUUUAAAGAAAAAAAGAAAAUCCAGAGCCACGGGAUCGAUCAGUUUUUUUUUUUUUUCCUCUUAAAUAUGGACAGCUCACAUUAAUUCUCAUCACAAUCAGGAGUGCUCACACACUCUCACACACACUCACACACUACACUGAACAGUGUCUUUUAUUUAACAGUCGGAAGAGUGCGGUGUAUUUAUUGUACGUUAUUGAAUCAUGUUCAUAUUUAGCGCCUGGAGUCUUCUGUGAAUAAAAGAGGAAGGAAGAUAACGACUCUAGGCGAGCUAAACUCUGAUCGAUUUUGGCCAGCGCUCUCGGAUACACACUUCUGUUCUCUUCAGAUUUUUCUUUUUGUACAGAAAGAUGAUUAAUAUAUAGCGUGGAGGUCGCGUGGGGAUUAAUAUAUAGCGUGGAGGUCGCGUGGGGAUUAAUAUUUAGCGUGGCGGUCGCGUGGGGAUUGAUAUUUAGCGUGGAGGUCGCGUGGGGAUUGAUAUAUAGCGUGGAGGUCGCGUGGGGAUUGAUAUAUAGCGUGGAGGUCGCGUGGGGAUUGAUAUAUAGCGUGGAGGUCGCGUGGGGAUUGAUAUUUAGCGUGGAGGUCGCGUGGGGAUUGAUAUUUAGCGUGGAGGUCGCGUGGGGUCACGGACGUCCCGAUUGUGUCACGAGUCACAAGCGUCACUGGGUCAAAAAGGGCGGGGCUUAAAUGUAAAUUUAAUUCACUAAUUAUGUUAUGACACAUACGCAUAGCUACUUCAUACAACAUGGCUGAUGUUAACGUUAAACUUUUCUGCGAUAGCUAACCUGACUAGUUAGCUGACUAACUAUUAUAAUUCUAUUUUAAGCACUACAUCAGACAAGGAAGCAAACAAACAAACAAACAAAAUCCAGCCCAUUGUUAUAUAACGAUGUUAUAUAAAGUUCGUGAUUGGGUCGAUUGUCUUGUCUUUAAUCUCCGCCCUGCUCUUUUUGAUGACGCCUGACGCUCGGGACAUCCGAGGACGUGCGUGUGUGUGUGUGUGUGUGUGUGUGUGUGCGCGCGUGCGAGUGUGUGCGUGGGGGGUCGUGGGGGGUCGGGGGUCAUAUGUGAAGUGCCUGGUGCAAUAAAGAUUACAAAUCUGUUUUCUGUCUCUCUCUCUGUUUGCUCAUUAAAGCCGAUACACGUCUGGAGUUCAGACCUCACUCUGGAUCGCUUUACUUGUUCCUCAGA